AGUCUAACAUUGGUUAAAUAACCCAAGAAAAUCACUUUGAUAUUUUCAUAUAUGUAUAUAUUUUGUUGAACACAGUAUGGCCACCUUGCACGAACUGCAACAGCUCUUCUUUUACAGUGAUAUGGCUGGAUACAAAUUAAUGAUCAAAAUCAGCUAAGUAUCACUAGUCUAGCUAAGAUUUCUUAAAGUAAUGUUCAGCUUUGAUUGUAAACAAACAUUUUGCUUACCUUUUUCAAUUUGCUACAUUUCCAAUAUUCAACACAUUAAUGACAUAUUACAUGAAGUUUCUUAGGUGCUUUUGAAUAUAACGCGGGCGUAUGUUGAGUUAAAAAAUACGAAAUGAAAGUAAAAAUAAAACUAGAUUAAAAAAACUCGAUUUUUUUCCAAGAACUUUGUGCUAAAUGACUUUGAAAUAUUCUCUUAGAUGACCAAAGUCAAACACCUAACUAGUUGCAAGACAACGCAGUGAAAUAUGGCUUCAAAAAUUGAAGACAAUAUGGGUGUUCACAUCAAGGAGCGCCCAAUCGAAUUGGACUAUAGGAUCCACUGGAACAAAAAAUUGGGAUCUGGUAUUAGUGGCCCUGUUAGAUUAUGCACAAAUAAAGAAACUGGUCAGAUGUUUGCUAUGAAAUGUCUAACUGACUCCACAAGAUCCCGUCAAGAAGCAAAAGUACAUUUCCUGUGCAGUGGUCAUCGGAAUAUUGUUAACGUGGUUGAUGUUUACGCCAAUGCUAUGGCUUUACCAGGUGAAACACGACCCAUAGCGAGGAUAUUUUUGAUUAUGGAGCUGAUGGAAGGAGGUGAAUUAUUUGAGAAGAUAAGAAAUCAUGUUCGUUUCACAGAAAAAGAAGCUCAGGAGGUUGCUAAACAGAUUGGUGUGGGUCUACAACACAUUCAUUCAUUUAAUGUCGCUCACAGGGAUCUGAAACCAGAGAACUUGCUUCUGAAAGAAAACACACAAAGCAUUCAUGUAAAAAUUGCAGAUUUUGGUUUUGCCAAAGUUGACCGAGGAGAUCUUGUCACUCCACAGUUUACACCAUAUUACGCCUCUCCCCAGGUGCUUGAAGCUCAGCGGUAUUUAAGAGCUCAGAAAAGUGGGAAAUAUCCGUACUUGAAAAAGCCUUAUACAUAUGAUAAGGCAUGCGAUCUUUGGUCACUAGGGGUCAUAAUCUACGUGAUGUUGUGUGGUUAUCCACCAUUUUACUCGGAUGUUCCCAGCAAGCAAAUGUCCCACGGAAUGAGACGAAGAAUAGCAGCAGGGGAAUACGACUUUCCUGACAAGGAAUGGGGCAAGGUGUCGAACCAAGCCAAAGACUGCAUUAAUAGGUUGUUGUGCGUUGAACCAAAUCGAAGAAUGACAAUCAAUGAAUUUCUGGAACAUGGCUGGAUACAGAAUGAUGAUAUCCCUGAUACUGUGUUGUUCACACCAAAAAUGAUUGGAGAUGAUGAUGCAUUUAAAGACAUGAUGGAUGGUCACGCAACCGAAUUGACCAACAUGAGGUUGGUGAGCAAACAGAUUCGACUGAAACCAAUUGAACUCUCAAGUAAUCCAAUUAUUAAGAAAAGACGAGCGUUUCACAUGGCAUUGAACGAGAAUUGCAAAGCGAAGUUGAAAACAAGCGAUGAUGACGACAAUUCUGCUGCGCAGUCACAACAGGAUAGUUCCCAGUUCUCUCCUCCAGCUGCCAAGUCACUCCGUGAUGUCAUCGCGUUUUGUCUGAUGAUGAAACCGGUGAACCCAGUCAUCCGACAGGAAGGUUUCACGGGCGACAAAUUAGCCCUUUUGGUUACGGAUGCUCUGCAGAAGACACAGGGGAACCAAGCUAUAGAGAACGCGUUUUUGACGGAGUCCUGGGACGGAGAGCGAUUCACGUCGUCCGUGAACAAGUCACGAUUAGCGAAGACUCUCAGUGAAAUCAUGCUUCAAGCCGAAGGAGUAUCCUCUUAAAAUACAGUAGGCUGUUCCAUUUAAUAUCCACACAUCUCCCCCCCUUUGAGAAUAUGGGAAUGCCUCUAGUGUCGGGGAUUUCCUGAAGGGGGACGUAUGGAUAUGAAACGAAACAGCCUAAUUUCCGGUUAUACUGUGAGCUUCGUAUUCUAGCAAAUGCCAUAUGUUUGGUAUCAAACUAUAGACAGCAAUCUUCUCACAUGAGAGUCACGAAUUUCUGAUCUUAAGAGGAACUAAAACGACCCCCAAUCAGUAAAGAAAAUAUAUGUCUGUCAGCGCAAAUGAGUAUAAUAUGCCUGUCUGUAAAUAGAGAGAUUUUCGGGUGAUAUAUGUAUGUAAUUGUCUUUUGAAAUAUUGGCCAUUUAUGAUCACAGAGCCUAUGGCUGUUUAU